AUGAGUAAGAAGCAUUCAGGACCGGCCUACGUCCUAGGCGUGGGCAUGACCAAGUUCAUAAAGCCUCGCGGCAAGGUCGAUUUUCAAGAGCUGGGCUUCGAGGCCGGGGUCAAAGCUAUGCUGGAUGCCCACAUCAACUAUGAUGACGUUGAGCAAGGUGUUGCAUGCUACGUGUACGGAGACAGUACCUGCGGCCAGCGCGUCUUCUAUCAAUUCGGACUCACUCAGAUCCCCAUCUACAAUGUUAACAACAACUGCUCUACGGGAUCCACCGGCUUGGCCAUGGCACGAACGAUGGUCUCUCACGGGGCUGCAGAUUGCAUUCUGGUUGUGGGAUUCGAGAAGAUGAGCCCCGGUAGUCUCCAGUCAGUCUACAGCGAUCGUGCGAACCCGACCGGCCUAUUCGGGAGAAUGAUGGCCGAGACCAGAGGAGUCACCAACGCCCCAGGCGCGGCACAGAUGUUCGGUAACGCUGGUCGUGAAUAUAUGGAAAAGUAUGGGGCUGCGGCCGAAGACUUCGCCAACAUUGCCCGGAUCAACCACGAGCAUUCUAAGCGGAAUCCAUACUCCCAGUUCCAGGACGAGUAUACUCUCGAACAGAUUCUCAAGUCACCUAUGAUCCACGCACCCCUGACCAAGCUGCAGUGCUGUCCAACCUCCGAUGGCGCGGCCGCUGCUGUGGUCGUGUCCCAAGCUUUCCUUGAUGCACGCCCCGACCUCAAGGACCAGGCAAUCCUUAUUGCGGGCCAGAAGCUUGCUACGGAUCACAGCUCAGUUUAUGAUCGCAGCUCUAUUGACUUGAUGGGGUUUGAAAUGGCCCGCAAUGCAUGCCGAGCCGCUACAGCCGAGGCAGAAAUCAAUGUUAAGGAUAUCAAGGUGUGUGAAUUACACGAUUGCUUUUCUGCCAACGAGAUGAUCACAAUCGACGCAUUGGAGUUGUGUGAUUCGGGGAAGGCGCACGAAAUGGUGCGACAGGGCGACAUCACCUAUGGUGGAAAAAUGGUUAUCAACCCAUCCGGAGGUCUCAUUUCCAAGGGUCACCCCUUGGGGGCGACGGGUCUGGCGCAAUGCGCAGAGCUUGUUUGGCAUCUGCGUGGCUGGGCCAACAAUCGCUUGGUUGAUGGCACGGAUGCCGCCCUUCAGCAUAAUCUGGGUUUGGGGGGUGCCGUUGUGGUGACCGUAUACAAGCGAGCAGAUGGCAAGGUCGCAACACCAGUGCCGUCCGAUAAAGUGGCAAAAAUCACUGGUCUCGGGUACAACCCAGCUGUCGAAGCCAAGGGCUUCUCGGCAGAGCAAGCCCGAUCUGUCCGAAGCAGGAAACAUAGUGACAAGUGGGCAUUGGCUGACACGCAGGACCGGGUGCUGGCGCGGUUCUAA